AUGAGGGUGAAGUCUGAGUCUGCCAUUAAGACGGUACCCUCGUUUGUUUACCAUUUACCAGAUGGAGCAGAGUCAGGUCAGUACCUUGGUUUGGAGCUGGAGGAAAAUCGUCUCAGGGCUGUGCUGGGGAACAUCACCGAUGGUCGUCUCCACCACACAAACCUUGACCACAAGAUUUAUGAACUCCCACUGGAGCUCCGCACAAGUGGAGAGGAGUUUUUUAACCAUGUAGCACAGUGUAUAUCUGACUUUCUGGAUUUUGUGGGCUUGAAAAACACGUGUCUCCCAGCAGCCAUUGUGGUCGCAUUCCCCUGUAGACAAACUGCAAUCAAAAAGCCCGCCGUGAACUGGACCAAGUGCGUGGAGAUCAGAGACUGUGAGGGGCCAGACGUCCUCACCAUGUUGAGAGAGGCCAUAGACCGACACGCUACUUUUAAUUUGGACAUAGUUGCAGUUGUGAAUGAUACUGUGGGGACCAUGAUAGCUGCUGCUUAUGACCAUCCUCAGUGUGAAGUUGGACUGAUUGUUGGAACUGGAGUCAAUAUUUGUUACAUGGAAGAGAUCAAAAACACUGAUUAUGAAGUUAGAAUGGAAGACUUCCCGGAUGAUAAAAAGGAAAUCUCGUGGGCAGACAAUUCAAAAGACACCAGUGAACAGAAGAUAUGUAUAAACACAGAGUGUGGACGUAUUGGGGAUGAUGGCUCCUUGGAUGAUAUUCUAACUCCUUAUGACAUUCAAGUAGAUUUAAACUCUCUGCAUCCAGGAAAAAAGAAGUUUGAGAAGUUGACUAGUGGGUUGUACAUGGGAGAGGUAAUUCGUGAGGUUCUUCUAGAUUUAACCAGGAACGGUCUGUUGUUCAAAGGUCAUGAUCACACGUCUUUGCAAACGCCAGGAUUAUUUCACAUUAACUGUUUGUCGCAAUUAGAGAGUGGCCAUGUAGGAGUACUACAACUCAGGUCUAUUCUUCAACAUUUGGGAGUCGGGAGCAGCUGUGACGACUGUGUUUUUGUAAAAGAGGUGUGUUGUGCCGUGUCACGUCGUGCGGCACAGCUCUGUGGAGCGGCAGUCGCUGCUGUGAUCGAUAAGAUGAGAGAGAGUCGAGGAGAGGACUCUCUCUGCAUCACUGUGGCUGCGAGCGGAGCACUUUACAAAACACACCCACAUUUUUCUACAAUCCUGAAAGAGACGGCAAAAAGCCUGGCUACACAGUGCACCAUGACAUUUGUGACCUCUGAUGAAGGCAGCGGGAAAGGAGCUGUUCUCAUCGCAGCGACAGACAGACUGAAGCACCAAAUGUAA